AUGUCAGUACCUGGCCCUCAAAUCUCGAAAGCGAAUAAAGAAGACACCAUCCUUGUGGCCGCCCCUACACCUUCGGCUGGAGCCGCAACAACCCAGUUUCAGAGUCCUCGAGCAGGCUCUAUAUCAUCGGCUGGGCCUUUGCAGCCCACCGGGAAUAUGCCCCAGGUGGAUACGAAUGCCUUUGAGCCAUGGGCUGAUGCAGUCUUGUCCACUGUCGACGACACUUACUCCUCUGCACUCUGUAUAUCUACCAACCUCCGAGCACCGUCAGAGGUGACGCAGCCGCCACCCUACGGAGAGCCAGAGCACUCUGUCCGGAGAACCCUCAGCCCCAAAGAAAUACCGCCUGGGGAGGAGAGUCAUCCUUCGGUUCAAGAGCCCGUAUCGCCUCCUGCCACAACUUCCGGAGGGUCGUGUGCUGAUAUAGGCAUCGAGGAUGUCAGCGAAGUCCACGGUCCUUCCUCGUAUCUUUCAAUCUGCUCAGAGCCAGCCGUUGAUUGGGUUUCGCACCACAUUGGCGCGCCGGACUUCAGAACUCUCGCCCUCAGACUCACGGCCGACGUGAUGCGCAGCGAGAAGCUGGAGCGUGCAGUGCAGUCGGAAAGAACGCCCGAACCAGACUUUCAGACGGCAUGGAAAUGGACGACAGCAUUUUUUGACCAGGGCCUAGACGCCAUUUUCGGAUGCAUCCAUCGUCAAGCAUUCGAGCAGAAGCUUCGCGCCCAAUUCGAAAGUAAGCUUCCUUCUGGGCCUGCUCAGGACGCUGCCUGGUACGCACUCCGCAAUACGGUCUACGCAGCGGGCUGUAGGAUCACGCUGUCCGAGGGCGCUUACCCAUCCGCCUUCUUUGAAGCCCGCACCCAAGCGUGGCGGUACUUUGAAAAUGCACUGUCGGUGCACACGGACCUCAUCUAUGGGCGCAGUGGCAUCACCGCCAUCCAGGCGUUACUAAGCAUGGCUUUCUUCGCCGAAGCACUCGGAAGCCCGGCUUUGGAAUACAUGCUCCUCUCGAACGCGGUCCGCCUGGCACAGUCCAAGGGAUUGCAUCUCCAGGCGAACAAGGCCCUGCAGCUCCGAGAGGAAGAUGUUGCAGUUCGGAACGUCGUCUGGUGGAAUCUCUACAUGUACGACAAACACCUGGCAUAUCGCUCGGGCCGACCUAGCGCCAUUGACGACGACGACAUCAGCUGCCCCAUUCCGACCGUCGUGCUUCCCGGCCACCAGUUCAAUCUCGAAUUUUUCCGCAACACUGUCAACCACGCCAAAAUCUCGUCGCUGAUCUUGAAGCGUUUAUUGACCGUCAAGGCGAUGCAGCAGAGUCCCGAGGAAACGUUGACGGUGGUUCAGGAUCUCCAUCAGGAGCUGCUCUCCUGGUACGAGUCUCUGGCGCCGUGUUUCCGGAGCAGCCCACCCUACCGAGCGAAUAAUCUACCACCGGGCAUCCAGCCUCAACACAUCAUCUUCACCCGGUUUAUCUACAGCGGGUCGCUCAUCGCGAUACAUGCAGGAUUUUGUCAACCGUGGAGCCGACCCGGAUUGGCGCUCAGCUCGAGUCCUCGCGUGGUCGCCCAGCGGCAGCGCAGUACCGAGAUCGUGGCCUCUGCUGCUAGAGACAUCAUCAUGGCCACCCAAGGCUUGACUGUCUCCGCAGGUUCGCCCGUAUGGCUGGCAUUCUACUUUCCACUCGUGGGCCUGAUCAAUUUGUUCCUCCACCUCAUCCAGCACCCGACCCUCCCCACGGCCAAUUCGGAUAUUUCGUUGAUGGACGCAAUCGUCGGCCACUUUGGCUACAUGGAAUACGCCAGCGGCUCUGAGCUCGUCUUCAAAUUUCCUCGCAAAUGCGUCGUGUACGCUAGGGAAGUUGUCAAGCGAGCCAGAAGGCAGUCGACCAGCCAGCACGCGGAUCAGCAACCUCCCAACACCGCCGACGUUAUGCUGCCGAGAUUCUCAGAUCCUUGUCCAGACUUCCCUUUACCCGAGUUUGUCACCUCGGACAUGUCAGAGAUCGGGUUCGAAGAUUGGCAGAGUAGUCUGGCUGACUUUGCCGACCCGCGCCAAUGGUUUCAGAAUAUUCCCAGAUAA